AUGGUGGUGAGCAGGGCGACUGGUGGUGGGGAGGGGAGGGAGAGGGGAGCCGCGGUGUGCGGGUGGGAUGUGAUGGGGGCAAUGGGAGCAGGGGAGCAUGGGAGCAGGGAGAAGGGGAGAAGGGAGCAGGGAGCAGGGAGCAGGGAGCAGGAAGCAGGGAGCAGGAAGCAGGGAGCAGGAAGCAGGGAGCAGGAAGCAGGGAGCAGGAAGCAGGAAGCAGGGAGCAGGGAGCAGGAAGCAGGGAGCAGGAAGCAGGAAGCAGGGAGCAGGGAGCAGGGAGCAGGGAGCAGGAAGCAGGGAGCAGGAAGCAGGAAGCAGGGAGCAGGAAGCAGGGAGCAGGAAGCAGGGAGCAGGAAGCAGGGAGCAGGAAGCAGGAAGCAGGGAGCAGGAAGCAGGGAGCAGGAAGCAGGGAGCAGGAAGCAGGGAGCAGGAAGCAGGGAGCAGGAAGCAGGAAGCAGGGAGCAGGAAGCAGGGAGCAGGAAGCAGGGAGCAGGAAGCAGGGAGCAGGAAGCAGGGAGCAGGAAGCAGGGAGCAGGAAGCAGGGAGCAGGAAGCAGGGAGCAGGAAGCAGGGAGCAGGAAGCAGGAAGCAGGGAGCAGGAAGCAGGGAGCAGGAAGCAGGAAGCAGGGAGCCGGAAGCAGGGAGCAGGAAGCAGGGAGCAGGAAGCAGGGAGCAGGAAGCAGGAAGCAGGGAGCAGGGAGCAGGAAGCAGGAAGCAGGGAGCAGGAAGCAGGGAGCAGGAAGCAGGAAGCAGGGAGCAGGAAGCAGGGAGCAGGAAGCAGGGAGCAGGAAGCAGGGAGCAGGAAGCAGGAAGCAGGGAGCAGGAAGCAGGGAGCAGGAAGCAGGAAGCAGGGAGCAGGAAGCAGGGAGCAGGAAGCAGGGAGCAGGAAGCAGGGAGCAGGAAGCAGGGAGCAGGAAGCAGGGAGCAGGAAGCAGGGAGCAGGAAGCAGGGAGCAGGAAGCAGGGAGCAGGAAGCAGGAAGCAGGGAGCAGGGAGCAGGAAGCAGGGAGCAGGAAGCAGGGAGCAGGAAGCAGGGAGCAGGAAGCAGGGAGCAGGAAGCAGGGAGCAGGAAGCAGGGAGCAGGAAGCAGGAAGCAGGGAGCAGGAAGCAGGGAGCAGGAAGCAGGGAGUAGGAAGCAGGGAGCAGGAAGCAGGGAGCAGGAAGCAGGGAGCAGGAAGCAGGGAGCAGGAAGCAGGGAGCAGGAAGCAGGGAGCAGAGCAGGAAGCAGGAGCAGGAAGCAGGGAGCAGGAAGCAGGGAGCAGGAAGCAGGGAGCAGGAAGCAGGGAGCAGGAAGCAGGGAGCAGGAAGCAGGGAGCAGGAAGCAGGGAGCAGGAAGCAGGGAGCAGGAAGCAGGGAGCAGGAAGCAGGGAGCAGGAAGCAGGGAGCAGGAAGCAGGGAGCAGGAAGCAGGGAGCAGGGAGCAGGAAGCAGGGAGCAGGAAGCAGGGAGCAGGAAGCAGGGAGCAGGAAGCAGGGAGCAGGAAGCAGGGAGCAGGAAACAGGGAGCAGGAAGCAGGGAGCAGGAAGCAGGGAGCAGGAAGCAGGAAGCAGGGAGCAGGAAGCAGGGAGCAGGAAGCAGGGAGCAGGAAGCAGGAAGCAGGGAGCAGGGAGCAGGAAGCAGGGAGCAGGAAGCAGGGAGCAGGAAGCAGGGAGCAGGAAGCAGGGAGCAGGAAGCAGGGAGCAGGAAGCAGGAAGCAGGGAGCAGGGAGCAGGAAGCAGGGAGCAGGAAGCAGGGAGCAGGAAGCAGGGAGCAGGAAGCAGGAGCAGGAAGCAGGGAGCAGGAAGCAGGGAGCAGGAAGCAGGGAGCAGGAACCAGGGAGUAGGAAGCAGGAAGCAGGGAGCAGGGAGCAGGAAGCAGGGAGCAGGAAGCAGGGAGCAGGAAGCAGGGAGCAGGAAGCAGGGAGCAGGAAGCAGGGAGCAGGAAGCAGGGAGCAGGAAGCAGGGAGCAGGAAGCAGGAAGCAGGGAGCAGGGAGCAGGGAGCAGGGAGCAGGAAGCAGGGAGCAGGAAGCAGGGAGCAGGAAGCAGGGAGCAGGAAGCAGGGAGCAGGAAGCAGGGAGCAGGAAGCAGGGAGCAGGGAGCAGGAAGCAGGGAGCAGGGAGCAGGAAGCAGGGAGCAGGGAGCAGGGAGCAGGAAGCAGGGAGCAGGAAGCAGGAAGCAGGGAGCAGGAAGCAGGGAGCAGGGAGCAGGGAGCAGGAAGCAGGGAGCAGGAAGCAGGAAGCAGGGAGCAGGAAGCAGGGAGCAGGAAGCAGGGAGCAGGAAGCAGGGAGCAGGAAGCAGGAAGCAGGGAGCAGGGAGCAGGAAGCAGGGAGCAGGAAGCAGGAAGCAGGAAGCAGGGAGCAGGGAGCAGGAAGCAGGGAGCAGGGAGCAGGAAGCAGGGAGCAGGGAUAG